GUCCUCCUCUCGUGCAGUGUGGAUCAGGCAGUGAGGUAGAAAGGACCCUAAACGCUGGCCACUCGCGCCAACGUUGACUCGAGGUUUAUUUUCCCUUUUAAAAGGAGUGAAAAAAUGACGUUUUCUUGAAAUACAAUCGAUUGACUGGUUCUGAUUAGUGACAUUUAUCGCUGUGGUGGCACUGGCGGAGAGCUGUUGAGAGGGUUUUGGACAUGAUUAGAAUGGAAGCUCUUGGGAGAAAAUAAUUUGAGAUCCGUCACGCGGACCGAAGAAAUCUUCCAGCAGCUCUGUAAAAAGAGGCCUUACUGUGUGGUGCUCAUGUCCAUACAGUGCCUCAGUAGAUCUACGUACUCAUGGCAGGCUCAGGCUUCUUCCAUAUACUCCCUCACAUAACGCUCACCUUAUUGCAUUUUAAGCCAUAGCUUUAUCUCAAGGAAAACCUCGCUUUUGGGAAACUUUCAGUUUCCAUCAGUCACCAACUUAAGAAUGAAGUAGUUUUCUCGUUUAUACAUAAGCACAUUUGUUCUCUAGUGAGGCAGUCAAUUUUGAUGUCAUUGAGAGUUAGUUACUGGUUGUAGACAUUUCGAAUUCAUAUUUAAAGUGGCAUUUAUAAACAUUAUAAGAGCAGCCGUUGUCAGUGAAUGUAGUUUUCCUAGAUAUGUGAUAGGUAUGUGAAUGCACAUUAGUUGUGGACUUAGUUUUAUUAGAAUAACCGAAUUUUACUGUUAAGGGUAAGUCAACUUGUUCAGAUGUGACGACGUGCCUUCUUUUAGCAUCAGAGUAUAUUUUGUGACACCAGGAGAAGGGCAUCUCCCAAAGAAUACGGCCCGGCGGAAUAUUGAUUGCAUUAAACUACCUCACUUUGUCUGCAUUUGGUGGAUUCACAGUUUUCCCGAAGGGCAGUCGUUGUAUACACACAUCCUGUAGUAUGUACGUCAACAUCGUUAUUUGUUACGAUAGAGAGAUUUAAUGGUAGAUAUUAAGAGAUGUUUAGAGUUUUAAAUUUAUUUAGCUAAGAGGUGGUUUAGUCAGUGUUGAAGAUCAUUUCUGAUUUUGGAGGUUACUAGUUCAUAAAAGUUGGAAUGUUUGAUGUUUGGUAAGACUUCGGGAAUUAGAUUUAGAGCUCUAGAAUUGCUGACGGUUUCUAUGUAUAUAUGAAUUAUGUCCUAAAGUGCCUGCCAGUGCUUCGCCACGAGGUUUUACCCUGUCACGCCUCUGUGCUUGAAAUUUGUUUGUUAGUGAAUCAUUCUAGAAUUAUUCUAGAAGCAUCAGCCCUUUCUCUGCCAGUUGAAACCAGCUGAUUAAAUACCAAGAGCCUGUCGGGAGAUUUUAUGAAGUGUGCUCAUCUUCAAGAAACCGCCCAAAUUCAAGAUGGCCGCGCAUCAGAUGAUAGCUACGCUUGUUUUCCGUCUUCUUCUUCCCAUUGUCCUAGGAAUAUGUGCUGCUCUUCGCUUCACUCUCAUGUCGUUUGCUUAUCUGCUCCUGCUACUUGCUAUUCCGCUACUUCCGGCCCCAACGUUUCAUACCAUGCGAGGUCACACAGGGCGUUAUCUGAAGGCAGUGGUAGGGGUCAGCGCCGUCAAUUUCCUCCUGCAGUUCAUCUUCCAGAUGGUGCUGGUGUCCAUGCCGCCUUACGCCUACUUUCUUGAACCAUGCAGCUUCCUGGAGACCCUCUUCCGCCAUCUGGGCUUCGUGCGACUGGACAACAUCAGUGAGAUCGACGGGACCCGGUGGCUGCUGCCGGAGUGCAUCCUGGUGGUGUUCUCUCCGGCCGUCUACUUCGCCUGCAUCAAACUCACGUCCUACACCUCCCCGGACGUCCAUCUCCCGGAGGAGUCCAGCAACACCAAGAAUAUAGGCCUGCGCGUCCUCAAUGCAGUGGGUACAUACAUGGCGGUGGCUGUGAUUGGCGGCGCGGGCAUCAUGCUGCCCUCGAUAACGAGCGCCGUUUACUUCUUCAUUUUUAUGGUCUCGGCCACUUACUGGAGUCUCAACAACUCCCUCGGAAGGAGAUUUGGGUACGUGUGUCGCGGUGUGAUGGUGUUCUCAGGAAUUCACAUAGUGUGUCUGUACAUUUACCAGACUGAAUGGAUGCAGACUAACAUCGAUCCAGAAGACCUGUCUGCAAGGAUAUUCGGCAUGACGGCGGUGGUGGGAACCAACUGCACGGACGACCCCCGGGCGGCACCCCUCAUGACGGACGAGUGGAACCGCUUCGUGAACCCCACCCUGCUGCUCACCCUCUACUUCGUCACGUCCUUCGAGUCACAGUUCCUACUCUCUAACAAGGCAUCCUUGCUGUCCCCAAUGGGCUCCAGCGUCCGGUACCUGAUCCGCCGAAGCACCGUCCGCAGCAGGUCACUCAAAUCCGGGCGGUCCUCGGCUUCGGGCGUCCGCUCGAGGAGGGCGUCCCUGCAUUCUCGCCGACGCCUCCCUCAGGAUGAAACUGCAGGGGCAGGGAGGGAGUCUGAUACAGGCUGGGACACUCCCAUGGCCUCCUCCAGGAGUCGAAAUGCCUCCACUCACAGCAACAACACGUCUGCCCGGAGUAUCAGGUCCUCGGGAGUAGGGGCUAAUGGAUCGUUGCCCUCGAAGCUCUCUCCUAGGCCUCUUCAGGUUGUGGACCGAACAGAGAAAAGCGGCUACCUUCUACCCAACAGCAACGCCACCCAAACUCCUGGCGAUAGCGGUGGUAGAGGAGGAGGAGGGGGAGGAGGAGGGGGAGGAGGAGGAGGAGGAGGAGGAGAAGGAGUUGGAGCAGGAGGUGGAGGGGUGGUCGUGAAAGACGUGGAAGCAAGCGGAGGAGAGGAGGAAGGUGAGGGGGGCGAGGAGAACUCCCUUCAGCGCCUCAUAGCUCCCCUCAUAAGUGUCUUUCAGCUGGUCAUCAGAUCGUCGUAUAUAGCCACUAACAUCGUCAUGAUGGCUUGGAGUAUCACAUACCACAGCUGGCUGACCUUUGUCCUUCUGCUGUGGGCUUGUGUUUUGUGGAUGAUACCGAACCAGAGGGCAGCCAUGUUGAGGUGUUCUCCUUUCCUCGUCAUUUAUGCUGAGUUGCUUCUGUUGCUGCAGUACAUUUACAGCAUGGACCUGACUGAAGACGAGUUACCCACCAAGGGUGAUGCUGUUAACCUUGGUCAAAUAGGCCUCUUGAAAGACAAUUACCUCCCCGUUAAGCCCUUACUUGUGAAGGUAUUGUAUACAGGGAUGUUUUGGAUCACCCUGCGUCAGUAUGUGCAAGAGGUGGUUGAAGUCACCAAUAAGGAAAUGUCCACCGCAGCUGCCCUGCAGCCUUUCACUGUGGCAGUCAGCACCACCACCACAGGCCAACCAGUAACGAAACUGGUAACUUCUACACAAGAACCAACAGCUUCCCCAGUCAUGCAGCGCCUUGGUCAGUGGCUGCAGGGACUCCUGGCGAAGUUCUGGAUCUGGCUGGUAGCCAUCAUGUUGUUUGUGUUUGGCAUUCAAGGAUCAGAAGUGGUCAUCUUCAGGAUCAUGUACAUGGUCCUCUUCCUUAUCUUCACCAUAACAUUCCAGUUGUCGUACUCAGCCUGGCGAAAUUUCCUUUAUGGGUUCUGGCUGACAGUGAUUGUGUAUCAGAUGCUGGUAUUGGUUCUGACUUAUACCUAUCAGUUCGACAACUUCCCAGCAUACUGGGAAAAUUACACUGGAAUUCCAGUAACUCUUCAAAAGGAUAUGGGGCUAGAGGUUUAUGAUACUGGUCGACUUUUCAUCAAGCUUAUGACACCGACGUUCUUUGUCAUCGUGACAAUAAUCCAGGUGCACUACUUCCACAAAGAUUUUCUGGCUUUAUCAGAUAUGGAUAAAAUUCCAGACCAGCCUGCAGUGAAGGUGGGUAAAAAGCCUGACCCCAAGAAACCUGUCUCAAGUCCACCUGACUUGCUGGAAUCCUGCACCUUGGACGAUGUUAAAGCUUUCUUGGAAUUUUAUGGCCAAAAAGUCUUCGCAAGAUUUCAGAAGACUUUAGCUUCAGCCUUGGAACUAGGCUGGAGGUUCUUAGAGCUUCACAUCAUGAGGAUUGUUCUUGGCUCUGUCAUCAUGUUGGCUUGUUACGAUGUUUGUGCCAUACACUGGAUAUUUGCACUGCUGGCAGCUGUUGCAGUUCCAUGUCCAGAAAGAAUUCAGACUGCCAUUUGUAGAACGUGUGUUGUUUUAGCAUCUCUGCUCCUGAUUGUUCGUAUGAUAUAUCAAAUUGACUACAUUGAUGCAGAAGGCUGGGCUGCAAACUGCACACUGUAUGACAAUGAGACAACGUGGGAUUACCCAAUCAACAAGAUAGCAAAUAAUGCCAUUUGGCUUGGGCUGUCGAAGGCUCCGAGUUUGCCAAAUUAUUUGAAAGGAUAUAUUGGGAUUAUAGUUGUAAUUACUGUCCAAGCAGUUGUGGGAAUCCGUCAGGAGUAUGUCCGGAAACUGACAGGCCUCCCUCCUCCCCCACCGGGAGUAUUGUUUCCCAAUGUAACCCGUGCAUUGGCAGAUGAUGGUAUACCAGAAUGUACAAAGUUUCUUCUUAAUUAUGGGUUUUAUAAAUUUGGGGUAGAGAUAUGUUUGAUGAGCCUUGUGGGAGUUAUUGGAACAAGAUUAGAUGUCUACUCGUUGUUCUAUGCUGUGUGGCUCUGUUAUUUCUAUAACCGGCAGCGAAAAGAUAUAGCCAAAGUCUGGAAAGGUUUUGUCAUUUUCAUAACAGUUUUGAUUCCUCUGCAGUACCUGAUGUGCAUUGGGAUUCCUCCAGGCUUAUGCACAGAUUACCCUUGGGCAGAUACCAUGAACUAUGAACUUCGAGAGUGGCUCUUUUUCCCCAAUUUCAAGAAACCACCCGAGUCCUACAAGAUUGUCACUGACUUCUGCUUAUUGGUAUUCGCCGUUUGUCAACAAAGAGUCUUUGAAAUAGAAUUUGCCGAUGGUGCUGAAUCCUAUGAAGGAGGAAGCAACAGGGAGAUUGUCUAUGAAGAUCCCGAGUCUCUCGUCAAUCCUCUCCCCGACUUUGUUACUUACACAAGGAAACACGACGGCUCAAAGAACUACCUGGAUAUGGUGAAGAAUGUGGUCUUCUUCACUUCAUAUUGGGUGACGUUGGCUGUAAUGUUUCUCGGAGGGACGAACCGUGUCACGCUGUUUGCCAUGGGCUAUGUUCUUGGGGCAUUUGUGUUCCUGUGGCUUGGAAAUGAGUUUUACCUGCGACCUCUUUCGAAUAUCUUAAAAUUGUGGAAUUAUUUACUGGGAUACAAUGUGGCAGUCAUCGUUAUAAAAACAUUCCUGCAGCUGUUGGGCUGUGUUGUGCUUAAGGACUUGGCAACGCAUGUCUGCUGGCUUGUUCAGCUUCUUGGUAUUGCCUGUGUGAAGAAGUUUGGCGAUAAAUCAGAUGAUGAAAUAGUAGCUGAGUUGGCUGACUUCUGCACAGUACCCAAAUCUGAAGCUGGUUUGAUGUGGGAUGGAAUAUGCUUUGGUUUCUUGCUCAUGCAGAGGAGGCUCUUCUCGUCAUUUUACUUCCAGCACCUUGUGACCGAGGUGAAAGCUCAGACCAUUUUGGCUUCAAGAGGAGCUGAACUUAUUGCCGAACUGAUGCAAAAGGAAAUAGCAGAGCAGCAAGCAGCAGAAAGGGAGGUCCUCAACAAAAUCAAAGAGAAGAUGGAGAGAAUAAAAGCUUCGCAGAAGGUCACCAAAGAACAGUCUUCACGAGAACCCACAACUCAUUAUGAAGCCAACACCUCGGAACAGUUUUCCAAUGUCAGUAGUCCCCUUCCUUUGGAGAUGACCUCGCCCCUCCCCCUGCCCCCAUCCGCAGGUGUGGAUGACGCCCAUGGCCUGUCGUCCCCCCGCCCUAACAACCUUAGUGCUACUCCAGGGGCUCCUACUCCAUCAUCCGCGAACAUGACCCUCUCCUUGGAUGGCUACCUGGAACCAACACGCCUAUCCCUCACUACUCCUCACUUCUCACACCAGCCCAUCACUUCUCCGUCAGAGGAGUCCUUCCCUUUCUUCUCCCCACCUCCAUACCCUGCCCAUCGAGAUCGUCAUGCCCCAACCCGAGCCUCUGCCCCUGCUGCCCAUGACAUUGGUCCCCCCUGGCUGAGAGACCACUUGACAUAUCAUCGACCCUCUGUUUCAACAACGUCUCCAGUGAUGUCCCAUCAUACCUCUAUUCGUUCUGGCGACUACUACAUGUUUGAGGAUUAUGGGGACUAUGAGGGCUUGGCACCCCUUGAAAUCCCAGAAGAACCCAAUGAGGAUGAUGCUCCUCCUGGCAUGACAGUCUCAGAGCUGUUGAGUUCGGCCUUAAAGACAGACAUCGUUGAAGCUGCUGAGGAAGCCAAGCUUGCUCGUUUAUCUGAAUCGGACGCAGCAUCCCGAAGGUCUUCCUUCAUCCGGAGACCUGUUCGUCGCACACUUUCAGGCCGGUCUCAAGUUUCAAUGGGAUCAAGGACAUCACGCACCACAUCACGAAGUGUUCGUAUUCAUCCCCGUCCUCGUUCGCCUCCUGCUGUACCUCAUUCGCCACCACCAUUACCCUUGUCACCUCCUCCUCAGAGGUCACCACUCUCAGGACGUCCCAGGCCACCUUCUACCUUACCCCCACUACCUCCAUUGCCACAGUUGGAUGGAGGAUAUCUGGCAGAUGACUCCACAGCUCAUGACUAUUCUGAAAUUGAGCCACAAGAGCCCCAAGGUUUGGCUCCAGUCUUAAGAAAAAUUGUCCAGUGGGCAAAAUUUGGUUGGGAGUUUAUGGAAUCUGUGAUGAUAUCUGCCACUCAUCAAUUAAACAGACUUUCCAAGGACUAUCGCUAUGUUGCCAACUCUCUUUCAGAAGAAAAAAGGAAGCUCAAGGAAACUGAAGGGUUUCGAUCAAUGCCUGGUGGGACACCUCACCCACGUCCCCCUGCUGAAGAGUGGAGUGACAUACCUCUUAGCCAAAAUGGGUACGGAGGACAGGAACCUCUAGAAAUACGUGUUGAAAAAGCAAGUGAGGACAAAACAGAUGACAGUGUGGACCUUGUGGAUUUACCAGAAGGAGGUGAGAAGGAAUUUAAAAAGGAACAGCCACCUUUUGUCAGACUUAUGAUUGCAUGUUGGUAUGCUAUCUUGUCAAGAUCAGAGUUGGUGUCGUACAUUAUGAUCUUUGUAAACCAAAUCAAGUCUGCUAGUGUACUAUCUUUGCCUCUGCCGCUAAUGGUCUUUCUCUGGGGUUCACUGAGUAUACCAAGACCCACUAAAACCUUUUGGAUUGCAGUAAUAGCAUAUACUGAGCUGAUUGUGUUGGUAAAGUACCUAUUUCAGUUUGACUUCUUCCCAUGGAAUCAGAUGGAAAGACUUAAUGCCCCAUUUUGGCCUCCUAGAAUCAUUGGUGUAGAGAAGAAGAACCGAUAUGCUGUUUAUGACUUGGCUGUCCUCCUGGUCGUCUUUUUCCACAGGUUCAUGUUAAAGAGUUUAGGUUUGUGGAAGGAAUCAUCUGAUGUGAGUUCUCCAAAGUCAUCAGACUCUUCUCCAUCUCAUUCAUCACAUUCCUCAUUUACCCAAAGUCGUACUUCAUCCUCAGCACAGCCUCUUACAGGAGGGAAAAAACCAGACGACUCAACAACCUCAGGUCCUACAUCCAAAGAGGAUAGCUCUCAUCUUUCCCAGUCAGGUGAUGGCUCCAUAUUAUCCUAUACAAAAGAUACAUCCUUGCUAUCAAAGGACACUAGAGAGAGCUCUUUAUCAUCUAAGGAUACAAAAGACAGUUCACUUACUUCUAAAGAAAUCAAGGAUGUGGACACCUCUCUACUCUCUCAAACAAAGGAUAGCUCUUUGCCUGUUAAUACCAAAGAGAGCUCCCUGACUUGGCAAGAAGAUGAGAGCUCACUUCUUUUGAACAUAAAUGAUGACUCUCUCAUGUCAAGGGCAUCUGAACCAUUACCUUACUCAACUCCAAGACAUUACCGACAACUUUCUGAAGAUGGGAGAUCCGUCACAACCCGUUCUGGUUCUGAUGUAUCCAGGCCCUCACGUCACAGGUCAGGCAGUGAAAUUGCUUACCGACAAACCUGGUCACCAUAUCAAUCACACAGCCGUCAGUCAUCCCUUGUGUCUCAGGUACCUGGAGGGGCAGCAUACGUGCGUUCAUCUUCUCUGGUAUCAAGACCUCACCAUCGACGUCACUUAUCUGAAGGGUCUCGUGUGUCAUUUAGUCAGAGACCUUUGUCCAUUACAUCUUACUGCACUCAUUUAUCACUGUCUCAAGCUUCAGAAUCUGUUCAUGUAACAUGUGCAGCUUGUAACCUGCAAGCUCUGAAGGACUUCCAAAAACCUGAUAUGGAAGAAGUCAAGGAGAAUAUCCAACAGCUGCCAAAGUUAGCUAAAGGAGGCGCUCACCAACUGGUAAGCAAAGUCCGUGGUUUCUUGAAUGAUCUUCUAAACCAGGACUCUCAGGUGUCAGUGGACGUUUAUGCUUACAUGUUUUUCUGUGACUUCUUCAACUUCUUCGUACUCAUCUUUGGAUUCUCUGCAUUUGGUACUCAGCAAGGAGAUGGUGGAGUUAGUGCAUAUUUAGAGGAGAACCGUGUUCCAAUUCCUUUUCUGGUCAUGCUCAUCCUUCAGUUUGGUCUCAUCAUCAUUGACAGGGCAUUGUUUCUCAGGAAGUUUAUAAUCGGCAAGCUCAUUUUUCAGGUUGUUCUAACUUUUUGUAUACAUAUAUGGAUGUUCUUCAUAUUACCAGCUGUAACAGAAAGGGAAUUUAAUGCCAAGCGGCCCCCUCAGAUUUGGUAUAUGGUGAAGUGUCUCAAUUUGCUCCUGUCUGCUUACCAAAUACGAUGCGGUUAUCCCACGAGAAUUCUUGGGAAUUUCCUUUGCAAACAGUACAACUACCUCAACCUUUUUUCUUUCCGAAUGUUUAUGAGUGUCCCAUUUCUAUUUGAACUUCGUACUUUAAUGGACUGGAUUUGGACAGAUACCAGUAUGAACCUCAGUGAUUGGGUCAAGAUGGAAGAUGUCUUUUCACAUAUUUUCCAGCUCAAGUGUGAAAGACGAGCUGAAGCAGAAUAUCCCCAAGGAAGGGGAGAAGGGAAACGCAAACUCCUGAAAUAUGGCAUGGGAGGCUGUGCACUUUUUGGUGUCAUUGCACUUAUUUGGUUUCCUUUGGUACUCUUUGCCCUCAGUAAUACUGUGGGUCAACCUAAUCCCCCUGAAGAUGUGUCUAUUCAGGUUUCUAUUGGGGCUUACCAGCCUAUUUUCAGUAUGUCGGCCCAACAGCAAUCCCUCUACAAAUUUACUCAAAAGGACUGGGAAAAGUUUAAUAACCAUUAUGGAAUGAAUCGAUUAGCCCAAACAUUCUUAAGCAACUAUGAUUACCCAGAUGUUGUCAUGGCCGAACUUAAUGGAGAGUCAACAGCUAUUUGGGGAAUAUCUCCUCCUGCCCAGGAUAAACUUAUUCAAGACCUUGAGAGCAACCAUACCAUAAAAGUCAAGAUUAACUGGAGUAUUAAAAGACCUUCUAAUUCACCUGAUGUAGCUGCGCAGUGCAAGGAUGAAAAGGAAAUCACUCUAAAAGCAUAUGAAGGUAACAAACGCAAUCCAAUUAGAGAGUCCUUGGUUCAGAUUCUUCAAGGAAACUGGGAAAAGAAAACAGAAAGCAAUCCAGUUAUCAUAAAAAACCUUUUCCCAAAAUUCUUGAAGGUUACUAACAAAGGUCAAGCAUCUUAUGUAAUGCAAUUAGAAGAUGAGGAGAAGGGCUUUGUUGAUCUUGAGUUCACCCUUCGGUCUGGUGGCUUCAGGAAUCUAUCUUCAAGACAAGAAUGGUGGGAGGUACAAGAGAAUAACUGUACAAAUUUCAAGCAGCUUCCCCAUAAUCAAAGAUGUGGCUUUGGCUUUCUUACUGUAUAUACUUUUAAUGACAAAGCCUUCCCUGAAGGCCUUAGUUUGAUCUCAGGAGGAGGGAUUGUUGGAAUGUACACCACACUGGUGCUUGUUGCUGGGAAGAUGCUGAGAGGUUACUUUGCUGGGUCAGCCCUUAAAAUUAUGUUUGAGGAUCUACCCAAUGUUGAUCGAAUUCUCCAGCUUUGCUUGGAUAUAUAUUUGGUUCGUGAAAGUAAUGAACUGGAAUUAGAAGAGGAUCUGUUUGCAAAACUGGUAUUCCUCUUCCGGUCACCCGAGACAUUGAUCAAAUGGACUAGACCAGAAGAGGAAGAAACGCCUGAAGAUGGAGACGCAGAUCCACAGUUAGAAUAAGAAGGAUAUUUUGAUUUUAACACAGGGAAAAAUUGUGUAAACAUUUAGUAAUCAUCAGUAUCAUGUGCUCUGUACUUUCAGAGUCACUUUGAGGUGUUUGAAGUUGUUUCAAAUUUGUAUAUGAUACUUUAUGUCAUUUGAAGGUGUCAUAUUUUGACAGUUGAAAUUUUUGUAUUUUGCAAAAUCGGUACAACAGAUACAGUCUUUUAUACUUAGGUGUAGUUAUAUAUUUGGGGAAAUAUGGCUAUUCAUUCCUUGAAAGAUGAACUGGAAUAGAAGGUUCAUUAUAUUUUGGUAAUAUUUCCUCUCUGAAAAGGAAAACUAGUAGUACUGUAUCUUUUUUUAUGAGUUAAUGCUUUCAGGCCAAGAACAGUAGUUCAAAAUGUAGUUGUGAAUGAUAGUCCAUUCUCAAGAACAAAAUGUGUAAUGUGUUUGUCUAGAAAAUUAAUGCUGAUUGUUAUGGCUUCAAAAUAUGUAUUGUUAGGCUAUUGUAACAAUAGCAUUCACCUACAGUCACAUACUACUUAUAAAAAUCUGUAGGUUGAAUGCUUAAGAUCCAUAUAGUACCUACAUAUACAGAAUUAAAUUGAUGAUAAUUAAAAAAGAAACUGUUUUCUGACUUAUGAAUAUGACUUGCAAAAUACAGGAUUUGUUAAAGACAUCGAGGUGAUUAGAAAAGCAGUCGACUACAUACUGUAAGUUUACAAGUAUCUCGAACAUUCCUUUUUAGCCGCAUGUGUAUAGCACAAAAUAAAACUUAUAAAUAGUACUUGGUGGUCUAAUAAAGGAAAAAUUUUAUUAUUUUAGAUUUUGUAAGGGAAAAAGACAUGCUGUAUAUUUCUGCUUCAACAUUUUAGUCAAAAUACUCAAAAGACUAUUAGAAAUUUUAAAACUGAAGACAUUGUGACAGAAAAUUCUUAUUCUUCAGGUCAUUGACUUGAAAUGUAAUGACAUAGUUAUAGAGGCUUUUGAAAAAUGUAGCAUGGCACUGAUAUUGCUUUAAUAGUGAGCUACUGGCAUGAAAUGUAUAGUAUCUAAAGAAAAAACUGGUAAACAACUUUUUUGUUACUGAAAUCUUGUAAUUUUGAGAUCUGGAGGUGCAGUAUUUUGAAGAUACAAUAGCAGAGCACGGUUUGACCUUGUAAAUGGUAACCAGAUACAUUGUUUUUUAGCCAUGAAUAGAAGCAUAUUUUGUAUUGAUUCCCAAUAAUGGAACUUUUUAUGUAAAUACGGAUACUAUGAUUGCUUCUUGAUUUUUUAUAAGAAAGUGAAACCGACAAACAGGGAGCAAUUGAGCCAAAUACACAUCAUAUUCCUAUUGAUAUCGUUCAUGGAGAUGCUGCAGAUCUCAUUUUUGUGAUUACCAGUUGAGUAGUCAUUCUACAGAUUUCAUAUUGUAUAAAUGUCUGAUAAACCAUCACUCUAUAUGAGUUUUAUAUUGCAACUGCCAUUUGAGCAGUCGUUUUGAAAAUUUCAUUUUAGUGUCAUUUGUCAGUUCAGCAGUCGUUUGCAGAUUUCAUACUCUUGGUAGUUGUCAAAUGGCCAGUUAAUCUGUAUAUAAUAGAUAAUUUGUUGGCCCCUGAUGUUAUUCGGCCAGUCUCUAUGCUGCAGAGUUGAGAUAACUGCAAUCACCAGUCAGCAGUGAUUGUGCAGAAUAUUAUUGUGAUUAUUGGUAUCAUUCUGCUGAUCUUCGAUAAUUGUAUUUGUCUCAAGCAAUUAUUUUGAAGAUCUCAAGAAAUGCUAGUGUCAGAUGUCACAAAAUUAUGACUUAAACUUUACUAGUGGUGCAGCUUUCAGCUUUUGUAAGAACAUUUAGUAUAUCAUUGGAUUACAAACUUUUUAUUACAAAAACACAUACCAGUUUAUUUACUCAACUCUUUAUAGUAGUGAAAUUACAAUAAUAAUUUGGAAAACAUAUUUGCCCUUAAUUGAUUACCACAUAUAAAGUGCAAGAUAUUCAAAUAUUCUAAAAUGAUGUAUUGAGGAUUUUUAUAAUUCACUGUUUAGUACAACAGUAUUUCAGUGACAGAAGGAAAUAAAUAAAAAUCCAUUGUAUUAUGAGUAGAUAUGAAAAUCAACUGUAAGAAUAAAAACUUUAUUUAUUACAUUGAAGGUCAAAUCAUCCAUUUUAUGUUCUUAUAAUAUGUUAUUGUUAUCGCUUAUAUAAUGUACAGGUAAUACAAAAAAUAUUGUUCACAGUAUUCGGUUAAAUACGUAUAGCAUUACAGAAAAUUUACUUUUUAUUAUUUUUGUAGAAUUAAACAUAUGCGAAGA